ACUCCAGAGCUAAAAAGCAAAGGAAAAAAAAAAAGAAGAGAAAAUAUGGAGAAUAAUUCCAUUGCUUGUUGCUGGCAAAUUAUUCUGCUAGUAAUAUUAGCUAUAACUCUGAUUCCAGCACAAAUUAGUGCAAGAAAGAGUAAAAAAACCAAGCAAAACUUCAAGCAACUUCCACAACCAAAAGGGGCAUUACCCUUCAUAGGGCACUUACAUCUUCUAGGUGGCAAAAGAACCAUAGCCCGAACACUCGGAGCUAUGGCUGACGAGUGCGGGCCUAGCUUCGGGCUCCGCCUCGGCCAACAGCAAGCCGUAGUCCUGAACUCGAAGGAGGUGGUUCAAGAUUGCUUCGUAAAAAACGAUGCAGUCACUGCAACAAGGCCUACGAUGGCUGUGAGUAAGUACUUCGCUUACAACUAUGCUUGUUUUGCUAUCUCUCCUCAUGGCAAAUACUGGCGUGAUAUCAGAAAGAUAUCAACCGUUGAGCUUUUAUCAACAAAAAGGCUUGAAAAAAUGAAGCAUGUUCGCGCUUCAGAGGUGAACUCCUGCAUUAAAAAUCUGUUUAGAAAAUGCACAACACUAAAUAACAGCAGUCUCCAAACUGGUAAAAUUUCGUUAUGUAAGUGGUUUGAGUACACUAGUUUUAAUAUUGUUAUUAGUAUGAUAGUUGGGAAGACAUUUUCUCCUGAAUUAUACGACGAAAAUGGUACAUUUGCUUCGCGAUUUAAGAACUUAAUUGGCAAAGCUACAUAUGUUGCUGGGGUUGCUGUGCCUUCGGAUUUCAUACCAUAUAUUGAAUGGAUGGAUGUGAUGGGGUAUAUUAGGGAUAUGAAGGAUAUUCAUAAGGAGAUAGACAUGAUUAUUGGGCAUUGGCUUGAUGAGCAUAUUCUAAGAAGGAAAGAACAUGAAGGUAGCUUUGAAGAUGGUGAUUUCAUGGAUGUAAUGCUAUCAAAUCUUGUGGAAGGCUGUGAUAUGUCUGGCUAUACUAGGGAGACUGUCAUCAAAGCAACAGCUCUGAUACUACUCUUAACGGGUUCGGAAAGCACCUCUAUCACACUAACAUGGGCCAUCUCACUACUAUUAAACCACCCCAAGGCCCUAAAAGCAGCCCAAGAAGAAUUGGACCAACAAGUUGGGAAACAAAGAUGGGUAAAUGAAUCAGACAUCGCAAACCUACCAUAUCUCCAAGCCAUUAUAAAAGAAACGCUUCGUUUGUACCCACCAAGCCCAUUAGCAGGCCCACGAGAGGCCUUGGAAGACUGCCACAUAGACAACCACUUCAUUCGUAAGGGGACUCGCAUAAUUGUCAACAUAUGGAAGGUACAUCGAGACCCACGGGUGUGGGCCGGACCGGAUGAGUUUCGGCCCGAAAGAUUUCUUAAUGAGCAUGGGAGUAUUGAUUUUAGAGGGCAAAGUUUUGAGUACAUCCCUUUUUCUUUGGGGAGAAGGGCUUGUCCUGGGAUGAAUUUUGGGCUGCAAGUAGUUCAGUUGAUGUUGGGUCAAUUGAUCCAAGGAUUUGAUAUGUGGACGGAAGAUGGUGGGCCAGUUGAUAUGUCUGAAGGAUUGGGCCUAGCUAUGCCUAGGGCAACUCCAUUAAAUGCCAUCCUUGCGGCCCGUUUGCCUGUAGAAUUGUAUGAUGACUUGUAAAUUCGUAGUUUAAUGAACUGCAAAGGUUCUGAUAGCAUUUGUCACCCACCAAAGACACUACACUAUCUUCUACUUCAUAUUGUAGCAACUAUUGGUCUCCUUAGUUCUUAUUGUGAUGUUCACAUAGGUAGAUGAGGGUAUGCAAGGAGAACACCUUUGUUUUCCGACCUUAAUAAAUUUCCCAAUGAUUAAUCUUUAAACUUCAAAUUUCCAUAUUUAA